AUGUCUAGCUUAAAAUUUAUCGACAACGAACACUUCACCCCUACAAAUUCCGAGCUUAAAAUGCUGAAUGAAACAUUGUCCUUUCUGUCUGAUGAAAAUUCCUCCACGGAUAGCGACGAAUCAACAAACAGAUCUGUAUCUAAUGAAUUAUUUGUGAAAGUAGAAGCCAAUACGAAUGAAACUGAAUCUAAUAGGUUUUCUGUGAAAGUAGAAGCCAAUACGAAUGAAUCUGAAUCUAAUGAGUUUUCUGUGAAAGUAGAAGCCAAUACGAAUGAAUCUGAAUCUAAUGAGUUUUCUGUGAAAGUAGAGGCCAAUACGAAUGAAUCUGAAUCUAAUGAGUUUUCUGUGAAAGUAGAAACCAAUGCAAAUGAAACUGAGUCAAACGAGGUAUUGGUGAAAAAGGAAAUCAUUACGAAUGAAACCGAAUCCAAUGAAGUAUUGGUGAAAAAGGAAAUCGCUACGAAUGAAACCGAAUCCAAUGAAGUAUUGGUGAAAAAGGAAAUCGCUACGAAUGAAACUGAAUCGAAUGAAGUAUUGGUGAAGAAAGAAAUUAAUACGAAUGAAACUGAAUCUGAUGAAGUAAUAGUGAAGAAAGAAAUCAUUACGAAUGAAACAGAAUCUAAUGAAGUAUUGGUGAAAAAGGAAAUCAUUACGAAUGAAGCCAAAUCUCAUGAAGAAUUGGUGAAAAAAGAAGUUAAUACGAAUGAAACUGAAUCUGAUAAAGUAAUAGUGAAAAAAGAAGUCAAUACGAAUGAAACUGCUUCUAAUGACGUAGUGGUGAAGAAAGAAAUUAAUACAAAUGAAACUGAAUCUGAUGAAGUAAUAGUGAAAAAAGUCAAUACGAAUGAAAUUGCUUCUAAUGAAGUAGUGGUGAAGAAAGAAGUCAGUACCAAUGAAACUGAAUAUCACGAAGUAGUGGUGAAGAAAGAAGUCAAUACGAAAGAAACUGAAUCUAAUGAAGCAUUGGUGAAAAGAGAAGUUUAUACGAAUGAAACUGAAUCUAAUGAAGCAUUGGUGAAAAGAGAAGUUUAUACGAAUGAAACUGAAUCUAAUGAAGCAUUGGUGAAAAGAGAAGUUUAUACGAAUGAAACUAAAUUUAAUGAAGCACGUAUCAAAGAAGAAACCAAUAUAAAGGAAAAUGAAUUGGAUGAGACAUUUUCGGAUGAAGAAAGCAGUUCAAACGAUUCCGAAUUCGACGAAACUUCUUUAGAAGAGAGCAUUUCAAACGAUUUUGAAUCCGACGAGACAUCUUCGGAAGAAAAUGAUACAUUUGUAUCUGCAGUGAGUUUUGGAGCAGAUGAAGACACUUCUGAUUAUACAAAUCGAAUUUGUAAAUAUUGUGGAAGGAAAUGUUUCGAGUUUGUAUCUUCGUACGAAAAAGAGCAACAAGUGAAGAGUGAAAUUAAUUUGUAA